AUGUUUGCUUUUCAAGUUGCUACUGCUGUGGUUGCUGAAGAAGAAUCGAAUAAUCAAGGGCGGAGAACAGGGCAUCGUGGCUCUAUUCCUGGUCACAAUAUUGUCAAUCAUAAUAGAAAGGAAGGUGAGUUAAGGUUAUAUAAUGAUUAUUUUGCAGAAAAUCCUAAAUUCACUCAAAGUCAAUUUCGAAGAAGAUUUAGGAUGAGUCGUCGUCUUUUUCUUCGGAUCGCAAAUGCAGUGGAAGCUCAUAAUCCAUAUUUCAAACAAAGGACAGAUGCUCUUGGUGUUCUUGGUUUAUCUUGCCUUCAAAAGGUAACUGCAGCUCACAAAAUACUUGCAUAUGGUAUUCCUGCAGAUCUUACUGAUGAAUAUCUUCGAAUUGGAGAAACCACUACGAUAGAAAGUCUUAGAGCUUUCGUCAAAGCAAUCGUAGAAGUUUUUGGUGAUUGGUAUCUAAGGGCACCAAACGAGGCCGAUAUUUGUCGAUUAUUAUCAAUUGGAGAGCAGCGUGGAUUUCCAGGGAUGUUAGGGAGCAUUGACUGUAUGCAUUGGAAAUGGGAGAAAUGUCCAAUUGCAUGGCAUGUGAUGUAUAUUGGUCAUUGUCGUGAACCAACUAUAAUUCUAGAGGCGGUGGCUUCACAAGAUCUUUGGAUAUGGCAUGUCUUUUUUGGAAUGCCUAGAUCAUUAAAUGAUAUUAAUGUUCUUGAUCGGUCACCUAUCUUCGCUGCACUUGCUGAAGGUCAUACUGCUCCUGUCAAUUAUACAAUUAAUGGGCAUGAAUAUAUAAUGGGAUACUAUUUAGCAGAUAAGAUUUAUCCUAAUUGGUCAACCUUUGUUAAGACAAUCCCAAGACCAUUAGGAGCAAAGAGAAAAUAUUUUGCAAGCAAGCAAGAGUCUGCAAGAAAGGAUGUGGAGCGGGCAUUUGGGGUGCUCCAAUCUCGUUUUGCAAUUGUACGUGGACCUGUUCAAUACUGGGAUGAAGAAACGCUUGACAUAUAUUAUGAAAGCUUGCAUAAUAAUGCAUAA